AUGAGAAUUACCACCCCCAAAAUCGGCGACAAAAUCAACCUCAAGGAAGACUGGAAAGUCUGCUGGGAAGAUGUGCAACCAUCCGACGGCCACGAGAUAAGCCUCUGGCUAACCCACUACACUACAGACCCCGCGCAACACACCCUCCUGGACUUGGGCGUGGACCCUACCCAGCAGAGCUGCGUGACUAUUCCUGGAAAGCACAGACAUGGAAUUGAUGGCGGAGAUGAUUAUAGAGUCUGGGCGACCAGGCCUGAUCUCAAAUCGUGGCCGCCGAGUAUUCUCGCCGAGUCGGCUAACUUCCAUGUUGAUAACCCUGUGAAAAGGGAACACUGA